AUGGUGCGUCUGACACCCAUCUUACGAUGGAGUGAUUAUUUUCAUAUGCCAAAGAGAUUUGUUGAACGGAUGAAAUUCAAUGGAACUGUAAUUGAGGGAAAUAUGAAUGUUAUACCACAUAAAACAAUUAAGUAUAACAAUCCAUGGAUAUAUACGCAGGAUCCACCAUGGGCGGAUCUUGCGCGACGUAAUAAUGACCCAAGGCAAGGAACCCGACAUCCACAAUUGAUCGAACCUUUGAAGACGUGGGAUUUCUUUCGUGGAGAUUUGGUUGAAGUCAUGGUUGGAAAAGACAAAGGCAAACAGAGCAAUGUUAUUGCUUAUAUUCGUGAAAUGAAUGCGGUUUUUGUCGGUGGAUUAAAUCUAGAAAUUCAACGAGUGAGCGGCGGCGCAAUUGCAAGUUCUUCGAUUGCUGCCAAAGAAAAACCGUUAAUUGCUCCAUAUCAAGUAAAACUAAUCGAUCCUUAUGAUGGAAAACCGUGUACUAUCGAAUGGCGAUAUACAGCUGAAGGUGAACAUGUGCGUGUCUCUACUAGAUCCGGUCGUAUUAUUCCUAAGUCACCUGCCUGGGAAGAAACCAAUGACUAUGCCAAAAAGAAAACAUACAAACCCGGUCCUAAUGACACUGUCGAUGAUGACCUGAAAGCUGUUACAUUUGAACCGAAAUUGAUGACAGUUGCCGAAGAAUUAAUGCAAGUGAAUGGUAUUGUAGAAACGAAGAAGCGUGGUCCUGUGUAUAUCUAUUAG